GUUCUAGUAUGUUGUCAUGAGACGGGAAUGCGGGGGCUAGCGUUGUUUGCAUAACUCCAUGUUAUGUUGUGCAAUUAUCCAUAAAAUUGUGCUUAUCCACCCACCAGGCGAAGUGGGUUCUCAAUUCGGGCCACCGUCAACCACCAUCAACGCCAUCAACACCGCCAACGUGUCUCAGGAUAGGUUCAGACGACAACCUUCAAAAUCAUGAGUGUGAAUCGAUAGUCAGGGGCUAGUCGACCGCUUGGAAGAGCCGGCUAUCAGGUACACUGCCAAGUCAUGUCUAACACAUGAAUCGAAAACUACAUAGGUAGAUACGAAUGUGGCAUCCAAGCUGGAGGACAAAAAGAUCAUCUGAAUCAAUGCUUUCCUAAGCUGCCUACCUAUACUCGGCGAUGCUCGAAUCGAAGCCCAUGCCAAUAUGGUGAUAAUUCUUUUUGAACCAGUUAUGUUGGCACUUCAGACAGCCACUACUGCCCAAGGUUACAUCGCCUAUGAUGACAACCCCCCAUCCCGAAAUCCUACUUUUCUCGUUCUCAAAUGCCCUUUUCUUCUUCCUCCCAUCCAUUUCACCAGUCUCCAGCCUGUUUACAAACACCAUCAUGUCAAUGAAAGGCAAAGUAAUCGCCAUCACGGGCGGUGCAUCGGGAAUUGGUCUUGCUACAGCCAAGCUUCUUAGUUCACGUGGCGCCAUCGUCUGCAUUGGUGAUAUAGCCAAGGAGUCUCUCGAGACUGCCCUGGAGGGUAGUUUUGCCACACAGGUCAAGGGCUCGAUAGUUGAUGUUUCAAAUCGUAAAUCGGUUGACGGUUGGAUUGACGAGAUUGUGAAGGAAUUUGGGAAACUUGACGGUGCUGCCAACUGUGCGGGGAUUAUUGGUAAGCAUCAUGGGAUAAGGAAGAUCCAAGAUCUAGAGGAUGAGGAAUGGGACAAAAUCAUUGCGGUCAAUCUAACCGGUAUGAUGUACUCUCUAAGGGCUGAGCUGUCAAAGAUUGAAAAUGGUGGAAGUAUUGUCAAUGUAUCUUCCAUUGCUGGAACGCACGGAUUUGCGAAAAUUGGACCUUACGUCGCCAGUAAACAUGGAGUUAUUGGCCUCACUCGUACUGCCGCAUUAGAAGUCGGUGACAGAAAUGUACGAGUGAAUGCUUUAGCUCCUGGUCCGCUUGACACACCAAUGAUGGGACAAGCUCGAGAGACUCAUGUAGAUGAGGGCAAAUACGAUUCUAUGGUCUUGAAAAGACUGGGUACCGCAGACGAAAUGGCUGCGAUAAUUGCCUUCUUGCUAAGUGAGGAGAGUUCCUUUGUUACUGGGGCAGUUUACCAUGGAGCUGGUGGAAUGAGUGCUUGAAUCAUAGCAUGCAUCAUCUACCUUUUGUGGUCAAAAGCAACGAAAUGAUAUACUAUCGUGAUUGAAGUUUUUGGUGCCUCUUUAGGCGUAAGGGGUCAUGAAUUACAGUUCAGAGAUGCUAUGGCUGCAAAAAAAUCCUCAAUAAAAUCUUUGAGCAGUGUUCCAUAUUCUGUGAAAUUCCUUUUCAGGUUACACCACUCUAUAACCUGAUGAAAAUGUGUGGAGCCGUGCGAGGACACAAGUCAUGCGUUAAUUAUCAUGGUUUCUGGAUUACCCAGGACUAUAUUCAAAAAUGCAAAUCUUCGCUCCCAAUCAUACCCCCGAAAACAUAUCCAAAGAACGCUUCACAUUCCUCGUUGGUAGAAUGUAGUGGCAGUGAGACUAGUGAUCAAACCCCUCCUUCUUUCUAUCAUCUUCCUAUACAUGCUUGUACUAUAUCCCAUCAUCCGUGAGAAUAUUUCAUGUCGUCGAAUAUCUUUCCACUGUCUCUAUUUGAAAAGCCAUUCUUGUAUCGUAGAUGACAUCUUGUGUUCUAUACCAGACAUGCUAACUUUUCAGAUGUUGUCUAUGUAUCUCCGGUUCUGCGUACAUUACAUCAUUCUAUUCCUGGAAUGAAGCUUCCACUCUUCCAACUUUCCGUGGCGAUCGAAAGAUUUGCGGGCUGGACUUUGAGAGCUGUAUAUGUGCAGUUGUUUUUAUAUGAUAGGGAAAGAUGUGGAUGGGUGAGGAAUUGCUUCGUGAGUGAUGGAUGGAUGGAUGGUAGACGAUUUGUCAUUUCUCCUUUGGGGAAUGGGUAUUCAUUUUUGCUUAUAGGGUGGGAAGAUUGGAUAUCUUGAUUGGAUUUCAAAUUGUGAAGAGUGUUGGAUGGAUCCAUGAAAUUGAGGAAGAGAGGUGUGAAAGUUAUACUCUCUGUCAGUUGAUGCUUUGUCAAAGUUACUACCAAAACGAAACAAAUAAGAGAGAAUGUUCAGUUUGGGAUUACAACUUCGACAAUAUACAUCGUUCGGGUUUUGUUAUAAAGGAUUUCUUGUUCUUGGUAUUACCUGAAGUAUAUGAGAAUAGAGUUUUCA